UCACGUGAUUGACAGAAAACAAAACAACGUCAUUGUUAUUGAAACUAGGCUUUCCGGUGUUAGGGAGCUAGUGCAGACUUGUUAUUUUUUACGUUAUUUUUUUUAUCUUCGCGAAACGGAGCUUCUUACGCGCAUAUUUUUGCGUCAUUAUAUUUCAAAAUUCGUGAAAAAUACUGAACGGAAUGGCAGAAGAAGCACCUGAAGGAGCAAAUGUCGAGUUCGAGGAGGUCGUCAAAGAGACACCACUAGAUGCCAUUCAAGAUGAAAGCCCCAAUCUUGAAGACGAAGCGCCUGUGCUUGAGGAAGAAGCGCCUGGGCCUGAGGAUGUAGCACCUGCGCUUGAGAAAGAAGCGCCUGGGCUCGAGGAUAUAGUGCCUGCUCUUGAGGAUGAAGCGCCUGCGGAGCAAGCUCAAGGUGCAGAGAAAGGAGAGGAAAAACCAGCAUCGCAGGCAGAGGAAUCACCACCGCAAAUUAUUGAGCCAUCAUCAUCAGCAGAGGGUGGUUUGCGGGAGGAAACUGAGGAUGAAGGAGAAGCGGAACCAAAGGAAAUUUCCGCGGAGGAGCAUGAAGAAAAUAUCGUCGCCAUGGAGAAGGUCCUGGAUUCUCUUCUGAACUUGGCAGCUGAGGGCAAACUGCCAGAGAGAGAAGGGAAAAUCAAAUUUGAAAUGAAGGAGAAGGUGGAUUCCACAGAAGAUCUUUUGGCACCUCGACCAGUGGAGGAGUUCGAAGAAGAAGAAACUGAGGUUUGCAGUACACGAACGGUUGGGACUGAGAAAUGGGAAGAGAUCGUGUCUUCUGAGGGGAGUUUGGAGGAAAAGGUGCUAGAAGAGGAAGAGGCGGAGUCAAAGAGUGUGCAAGAGGCGUGGGCGAGACGGCAGCUGCUGCUGGAAGAAUUCGACGCGUUGUAUGACGAGGGUCAGCGGUUGCGCAUCAUGAACAUGCUGCUGCAUUCCAAGGUGCUGCGGUGCAUGCAGCGCCGCCCGAAGGCCAAAACCCACAUAUCCUCGGUCUCCACAGUGUCACGUACAUCACCUCCGGCUGUAGCAGACACAGCUGCGAUGGCUGAAUCUCUCGAGAAGGAACUCCUGGAGGCCGGAGAGGUGCGGUGUCAGCUGGAGGCUGAGCUGCACUGUAGUGAAGUGGAGGAGGAGCUGCGGCUGCGCCUGAGCACUGCGCGCCGACUGGUGUCAGAGAAGGAGGCACAGCUGCAGGUGCUGCAGGAAAAGGCCAUGUCCAAGCUGCGGGCACCGCUUGUGCGUCGGCAGGAAGCGGAGCAGAUGCUGAACCGCGUAUGGCCACAGCUGCUGCGACUGCGCAAGGAGCGGAUAUUGCACACGCGUGCCACACAUGAGUUGGAAAGUGCCAGAAAGCAGGUGGCCGAACUGGAGGUGUUUGGGCGGAAUCGCACAGUAGCGGCGUACGAACAGCUGUCUGCCGAUGGCGUGAAGCUGGCGGAACGUGUACAGGAGCGCACGGAACAGCUGGCUGCACUGCGCAACGACGCCGAGCGGGACCUGCAGCAGGCGGCGCACCUGCGUGAGUCACUCCAGGGUGCUCACCAGAGUGUUGUGGACACGCGCCGCGGCGAUUUGCGCGCCUCCGUAUUCCUGCAGAGGGCUCGACAGGAAGUGCUGAAUACGAAGAAGCGGCGUGACGAUUUGUACAAGGAGAACAGCAAACUCACGCAGCGGAUGGAACUCCUGGCGUACCCGGAGUUACUCCAUGACCACGAGGAGGUGCGCUGGCGACUACGGAUGGCGCAGGCGGACCUGGAGAAGCUACGUACAGCGUACGUCAACCAAGAGAAGCGCAUAGCGGCGGCCCGCAGGCUGUUGCAGCAGAGGGAGCAGAGCCUUCGCGAGGGCGUGCAGGGCCUGUCGCCACAUCAGUCCUUCGUUUUGUUGCACAUGGACGCGAUGUGCGGGCCCUCGCUCAUUGACACCAAACGCGAACGUUAGGGCACUGUCUGUGAAAAGGUCCACUCCCCUGACUUAUUUACUGUCGCGUCGUGAAGUGUCAUCAUCGGCAACAAAUUUUACAUAGUUAUUGGGCAAAAUGUAAAGUUCGUGCAACGACAGCUGGCACCCCAUUGUACAAAGUCCCACUCUCACAUUCCUAGCUGUCUUGUGCGACCUGACAUGUCGUCAUUGGUAAUAAAUUUUAUACAUUUAUAGAGCAAACUGUAAAGC